CUUUUCUUUUUAACGCGUUUGGUCUUCAAAUUUGUGCUGCUAUAUAAAAUUUUAUUCACUUCCCUCGUUUUCUCCAUCGCAUUAAAUUAACUGUGAAACAAUGAAAGAUAUUUAGAUUUUUUGAGCUGGUUCCUUGGUCCUAAAACGACUACGUUAAUCACUGCUUUUCAGAUCAGAUACUGCCUAAUCAUCCCUUGGUUUCUUGUCUUAAUCUGCUUUCUUAACUGGCUCUCCAUUGCCAUUACAAUUUACAAUCUUACUCUGCCGUGCAAGCAACCAAGUUCUAGUUCACUCCGACUGGCGUCGAAUCCUAUGGUUUUCUUGUUGUUCUAGAGCGUUACGUGUGAUGGGAGUUGGGAUAUUCUCGUUAUGAUUAAAUUAAUGUUAAUUGGUCUAAGUUAAGGAGGUCGUGUUAUAUUUCAGCAUAUAUUUGAUUUCAUUGGAUGGUACGGCUGUGCUUAGUUUAAGUUAGUUGGGAUUUGCUUACUGUCUGUAAUGGAGAUGAGAUUGUUUGAAUCGAAAGCUAUGUCUGCAUCUGAGACGGUUCAGUUGGGACGGAUGUAUUCGAACCGGUUUGCGGGUUUCAGGCACAUACCAGCUGGUGCCAAAUUCUCUCCCCAGUUCUGUUCUUGCAGAGGGAUUCUUCUGAAGGCUUCUUAUUCUUCUCAUCCUUCCAGUUCGAAAAAUAACUUUCCGUCAAGUAACGCUAUUGGUUCAGUUGGAGAUAAACUUGCAGGGGAAACUUGCUUGUUUCAAAUAAUUGGAACAAAUGGCACAGGGACAAGACCGAAUUUGUUUCCUAGAGAAAUUACAGUACUUGAUGCCUUCGAUGAUGAGUACGGGGGAGUUAUCGUUGAUCCAGAACGAUUACCAGCAAACCCGAAUGCCUUUGGCUAUAUCCUGCAUUCUUCUCUUUCUCAUUGGAGCAUGGAGGGGAAGAAGGGAAUUUGGCUAAAGCUGCCAGUAGAAAGAGCUGAGCUUGUUCCAGUUGCUAUUAAGGAAGGGUUUGAGUACCACCAUGCAGAACGAGGGUACGUGAUGUUGACAUACUGGAUUCCAGAAGGACCUUGCAUGCUUCCUGCUAAUGCUUCACAUCAAGUAGGGGUUGGGGGAUUUGUCAUCAAUGAAAAUAAUGAGGUUCUUGUUGUACAAGAGAAACACUACGCUCCUGCAUGCGCUGGUUUUUGGAAAAUACCAACCGGCUUUAUCCUUGAGUCGGAAGAGAUUUUCACAGGCGCUGUGAGAGAGGUUAAGGAGGAAACCGGGAUCGAUACAGAGUUCGUUGAGGUUAUAGCAUUCAGGCAUGCUCACAAUGUAGCUUUUGAGAAGUCAGAUUUGUUCUUUAUCUGCAUGCUACGGCCACUAUCGACUGAGAUUACAGUUGAUGAUCUUGAAAUUGAAGCAGCCAAGUGGAUGCCCCUGGAUGAGUUUGUGGAGCAACCACUAAUACAAGAGGAUUCCAUGUUCAGGAAGAUCAUUUCGAUAUGUAUCGCCCGGCUAGGAAAGCGUUACUGCGGUCUAUCUUCUCAUCAAGUGGUCUCAAAAUUUGAUGGCAGAUUGUCUUCCUUGUACUAUAAUGUUGUUGAUGCUCAAGAUUUCAAUUGUUCAAGUUGUUGAAGGCCUACAUAACCUCACUGCCCAGCGUAAGAACACACAUUCCUGCCCUGCCCUGUUCUAAUUUGUUCUGUAUAUGGUUGAAAAAAAAUGCAAAGGUUUCAAACAUUGAAACAAAUGUUACAAGCAAUGUUUAACAUGUAAUUAUAUAUGUUUUUUCCUGAUGUAAAUAUAUCUUCUAAUGUAAAGGGUCAGAAGAAUGGUAAUAUAUGGUAUCCUCCUCACCUAUUAUCCUGCAGAUGAGGCUGUUGUAAAUACAA